CAGCUGUUGGGAUAUCCCAGCGGUCCAGCUGCAUUAAUUCUACAGAAAUAGAUUCUGAAUUCCUGGAACUGGGGCUCCGAUUCUCUGAAAUCGUGACGUAGACGGGAGUUCGCAAACGCUAGGUGUAAAAUGGAGCAUGGCAUUACCUGUCUGCUGUUGGAAAUUUUAUCUGCUUUUAUCUUCCUAUCUAGCCGGUUGACUGGAAUGAAGCAGACUAUGCAGGUUGUCACUUUCAAGAUCCAUUGAAUAUGCAUUCAAUUCUACAUAGAGAAAAGGCUCAACUGAAUUCAACUCAUCGCCUCAAUGGAAAUAUUGAAGAUGAGUUCAAUUCCUCCACCACCGUUUUCAAGAGAAAGCGUCUGGUGUCGGAGGAGAAGGAAGCAGUUGACCAAGCGAUGGAAGAACCAAUAGAUGUAGAUGGAAGUGACAGUGAAGCUGAAGGAGAAGCUGGACGGUCUGCCACAAAUAUGGAAUCUGAUGAGAAUUACAAUCAUCUUCCACUAAUGCUCAAAAAGAGCAAAUAUUUAGGAGGCGAGAGAGGAGGCUCAAGUAAUAUGCAAGUGAAUGAGAGAGAUAAUGAUGAGGAUGAUAACGAUUCCAGUACCGGUGGUACAUUUCAUGGUCUGAAUAGAACUCAUAGCGAACCAGAGAAUUUAUCGAAUCAGAGCUGUGAUAUUUAUAAAAGCGGUAAGAGUAUUUGUGAUGCUAAUUUAGGUGUAUUUGGACAGAACGAGCUUAUGAUGAUGGGAAGUAGUAUACUGAGUAGACACCUGAUGUAUCUGAGCUACCUGAACUUCUUGGCGGCCUACAAGAAGGCACAAGAACAGGAACAGGAGGCAGAGCAGGAGGCCGAGCAGCCGAUGGCCAGCAGUCACGACUGCAGCGUCUGCAGCCGGAGCUUCGACCAGAAGGGAACGCUGCGCGCGCACAUGGACUCAUGCCACAAGGGCAUGCGCUUCCAUUGCACCGAUUGCGGCAAGAAGUUCAGCUCGCGGAGUUGCCUCAAGCUGCAUGUGGACUCGCUGCACAAAGGCCUCAAGUACGACUGCACCGUGUGCGGCAAGAGCUUCACGCAGAAGGGCCACCUCAACAUCCACGUGGAGUCGAUCCACAACCGGGUCAAGUUCGACUGCCACAUGUGCAGCCGCGUCUUCAGCCAGAAGUCGACGCUGAAGGUGCAUGUCGACUCGGUGCACAAGGGCCUCAAAUAUGUCUGCAGCAUCUGUGAUGAGAGCUUCAACUGGCGCAUCCAGCUCAAGCAGCACAUUGGUUUGCACCACAACGGGGUCAAGUUCACCUGCACCAUCUGCAACAUCAAUCUCUACCACAAGCGUAGCCUCAACAAGCAUAUGGCACUCUUCCACUAGAGUCCCCCCCCCCUCUGCUACCUCUGUUUCCCUAGCCUAGAGCAUAUUCUGCUAUUAGCGGUACUGCAUUCAAAACUGUAAUUUAUUCAUCUACACAAUCGUAUUCCAUGUACUCUAAUCGGUGUUUUCAAAACUCUCGAUGUUCGGUGUAUACCUUAAUGAACAAGUUUCUUCUCAGAUUUAUAAUAAUUUUGAUUUAUUUUGUAGAAAUAUUUUUAAAAUUCACUCUAAUUUUAAUUGCAUUUUUGCAUUAAUUUUGUAGAUGAAAGCUUCUUCUCAGUGUAUUAUUGGAGCUUAUAUUUAGCAAAUGAUAGAUUACACUAUGUGUAUUUUAUAUAAAGUAUUUUUAAAUCAAUUAUAUUAUUACGUAGAUGAUAUGCAAAAUACUAUAUACUGAAAAUUUGUAGAAUUAUCAUUAUAUUUUUAUCUUAAUUCUCUUAUAAUUAAUUUUUCAAAUUUCAGUUUUAUUUGCACGGAGCUAUUUUCCUUCUAGGUUGUUUAGUUUCAAGGUGUAAUAAUAAAAUUUGAUAUUAUUGGUGGUUAAUACUUAGAUGAGUCAUUAUGUGUCAAAUAUCAAAUAUCUCCAGUAUCGAUGUUUCAUUAGAAAUUAAGAACUUUUUGAUAUUACUACUUUGUGUCAUACACUACUCAACUAGUAAGUUUAAGUAGACAGCAGGAGGUUAUUAUUUACUGUUCCAAUUAUUAUUGUGUUCAAAUUAUGUAUUAAUCGAUUAGCUUUUAGGAAUAUUUUUAAAUAUGGGACCCAAUUUUCAAAUCUGAAACUUUUUGAUUUCGUCAACAAUAUUAGCCUGAUAAUUAUCAACCCGAAAUGUUGUGUAGCCUACUGGAGAUGUCUUUCUAGUCAAUAAUAUUGGAACAAGAUUUUUACAAUUGGAUUGAAAUGAUCUCAAAAAUUCAUUCUCAAAAUAUGUUAAGAUUCCAAUUUCCCAAAGUAAGAACUUUCCUACAUAUUAGUACACAAUUAAGCUAUCAUAUUAUCACAAUUUGUAUCAUGAAAUCUAUAUUUUUCCAAAUAUUUUUAUGAUAAUAAUAUUAUAGAGUUUUGUUUGUAUGUGAUUUUUGUACUCUUUAUUGACAUCGACAAAAGCUGUCAAUGGAACAAUGAGUUCUAUCAAAUAUUCAAUAUGAAAAUGAGCUCACAGUUUAGAUGAAUUGUGAAAUGAAUAAAAUUGAUCAAACACAACCUUCAUAUGAAACUAAUAUUUAAUUACUCUUUCAUUGAAAGUAUAGGUUGUAAACUCGCGAUUGGUUGAUUUAUGUUAAUCGUUAACUUCAGGAAGAAAUGUCCCACCUAAAAUGAAUAGCUUGGUCUUUUUGAAUGACUUUCCGCCUGUUAGUUUGUUUGACACUUCAGUUUCAUUCAGGGCUGACUGAAACUUCAAGUGCGAUAAGUACAUUAAAAAUGCUCAGACCACGCUCUUUAUCCUUAUCAAUUAUUACCUACUACCGAGAGGUAAUUGUCGAGCUCAAUAUCCUGCUAACGUAAGCGUUUGCAUAGAAUGAAAUUUCACUUUCAUUCAUAUUUUUAUGUAUUGUAGAGCUAUUGAAUAUAUUACAUUAAUUCAAAUAGAAACUUCGUUGUAAGAGUAUAAAUGAGAUUAAUAUUUAUCUAUGACAAAGUUGAGUCAUCAUCGAGUGUCGGAAUCUAGUUUAUGAAAAAACAAUUCAUUAGGUACAAACGAUUCCAUGAUUGUCACAUAUAGGUUAAUGUCAAUCGUCAAUGAAUACAUUACACCAUAUUUUUUUAGGCGUUAGAUAUAUCCUUUUCUGCACAAUUAAGAAGAAUUGCAAUUUUUUAUAAAACUUAUCUACAUUUUUGGAUGUUAGGUUCCAUGAGUAUUCGUAUAGGGAUAAUUGAUUCACUUUCACUGAAUCUUAGUGAUAUUUGAUGGAUUGAAUGUGGUGUAACAUUACAUUGAUGUAUUCCUCUUCUUGAUUCAAACCUUGAUAGAAUAGUUGAAAGUGUCCACUACAUUCAAACUGUUAGAUUUUUUUGACAUGUAAUAUGUCAGUAUAUAAAACAGGGUAUUUAUAUUAUGUGUCAAUAUCUCUCUAGGCAACUCGUAAGAUGUUUAAUAUAUAGAUAAUAAAUUAUAUAAGAUUGUUGUUCUAGAGUUUAUCAUAAUUAAAUUCGACAUGAGCUUCUUGAUAUUUAUCUUCUACUUGCUGUUGAUUAUUCCUGUAAGUGAAUGUUAUCCAUUAAAAAUCUUUCUUUUCUUUAGGC